AUGGGGAAGCAGUUAACCCGGAUUGAAGAAACAGUUGUUCAUUUAAAAGAACAUUGUCAAAUUCAACCAAUAAAGCAACCGGAAAUCCAGCCGGCCCUACUCAAACCUAAUCCCACGGUUACCAAUUUUAAUUUGGAACCAAAAAAAGAUAAUACCGAAUUCAUGAACACGUUGAUAGAUAAGAUUAAAAAUCUUAAUCUUUCUACUUCCGGCCCAUCUCAGGUCAAUAUGUUAUCCAAAGAUCAUAUAACCAAGGAAGAGCCUUUUCCCGAAUUGACUAUUCAACAAAUAGCCGAAAUUCAAGCUAAUUUCCAGGAUGAUCAACCUAGUGAAGUCAAUAGGGUCAUGUACGACACCAAAAUUGAUCGACACUCUUACCUAGCUCCAAGUAGGUAUUAUUAUUCCAGACCUACACCCGUUGAUAUUUUGUAUGAAGAAAAUUUCUUACAAAAUCAUAAACAUUAUCAAAGUCGUACCAUUUAUGAAUGGAACAUAGAUGGUUUAACUGACUAUCAAAUAUAUGAAACCUUACAGCACAUGAUGAUGUUUGCCACUGUUUGCAAACAAAAUGAAAAUACCGACCAUCAAGUUGUGAGAUUUAUUGUCAGUGGUUUUACUGGUAUCCUUAAAGGAUGGUGGGAUAAUAUUCUCACGACGGCUCAAAACGAUGAGAUCCUAACUUCAACCCGAAUUCGUUUAGAUCCUGCCACUAGAGCUGAAGUUACAGAACAAGAUGCUGUUUACACCCUGGUAAACACCAUAAUCCAGCAUUUUAUUGGUAAUGUUACCGGUCUUGAAGAUCGUACCCAGGAACUUCUUCAGAAAUUAAGAUGUCCAUCUUUAUCUCAUUUCAGAUGGUAUAAAGAUGUUUUCAUGACGAAAGUUCAUCGGCGUACAUAUGCUAGUUCUGAACACUGGAAGGCCAAAUUCAUCGAUGGCUUACCUACUCUUUUUGCUGAAAGAGUUAGAAAGAAAUUACGUGACCGACAUGAUAGGAUGUCUAUACCUUAUUAUAGAUAUACCUAUGGUCAGCUAAUUGCUAUAAUUACCGAUGAAGGACUUGCUCUAUGUAAUAAGCUCAAACUUCAGCAGCAAAUGAAACAGCAACAUCUAACUAGCCGAAAAGAAAUAGGUGAGUUCUGUGAACAAUUCUCCUAUGGAGAUAAUUUACAAUAUCCCAAAUCCAGCAAACAUAAAAAAAUGGCAAAUCCCAAAUCUUAUCCUAAAAAAUCCAGAAAAGGUAAGUAUGCUAAGCCACAGGCUCAGCAAGCUACACCUAAUAGGAAGCAAUCAAAACCUUACAGAAAGAAAUCAUCCAAAUCCAUCAUUAAAUGUUAUAAGUGUGGACAGACAGGACAUUAUGCCAACCGCUGCAAAUCCAAAAUACAACAUAAGCUUAAUGAACUAUCUGUAGAUGAUAAUUUGAAGCAACAAAUCCUUCAAAUGCUUUCAGAUUCAAACAUUUCUUCUGAUAAUGAAGACGAAAUUAAUGCUUUAUAUUCAGACACUUCAGAUACAUCAGAAGAUAAUCCCGAAAUUUGCGGUUGCAAAUCUAAUAUUAAUCAAAUUACAGAUGAAGUCAACUAUUGGAAAGCAAUAGUUGAAAUGAAUGGACUUGAUAUUGGAGGACCCAGUAUCAAUGUUCUGACAGAAGAUGAACACAAAAUAAUUAAUUUUGCUGAUCAUAUUUCUAAUCCAUAA